GCCUCUGUCACUUCAGGAAGUCUUAAAGCUCUUGUGGUCAGCGUCAUGUAUAAGGACACGGCUCACUUUGUCGUGUGUAACUGACCUGUUAGGUGUUUGAAUCAUGACCAUCAUCUGGAUCAUCAUCUUCACUCUGACGCCUGCUGGACUCAGCGCUGGAACUGCUGUAACUGGACACAGUGGACAGUCAGUCCAGAUUAGAUGCUCCUAUGAUUCUGGAUAUGAGAACAACACGAAGUAUCUCUGCAAAGGAGAAUGUUCUGUCUGGAGACCUAAAGUCAUUCCAGUUCAGUCUGGAUCUGCUGAAGAUCAGAGAUUCUCUCUGGAUGACGACACAGCAGCCAGAGUCUUCACCAUCACCAUCACUGACCUGAGACCAGAGGAUGGAGGAAGAUACUGGUGUGUGGUAAAGAGGCCUAAAUCACUUACUGACCUUUACACAGAGAUCCUAUUACUGGUUAAAUCAGAAAUCGCUGAUGCUCCCCUUCACUCCACAUAUUCUCCUCCAUCAGUGCAGACACAAUCCACACCUCCCUCCAGUUCUCCAUCUACAGAGCAACAUUGGUCUAUUUGGAUUGCAGUGGGAGGAGGAAGCUUUGCCCUUCUGCUUCUUAUUAUUCUAAUGUGUAUCUACAGCUGUUUCCACAGGAUGAAGCAAAGACCUGCUGGAACUGAUCACAAUGAGACCAAACAGGAUGAUGUCCUCUACACCAACGUUACACCCAGCACAUCCAGACCUGUACAGGCUGCUGACUCUGCAGCUGCUGAUGUUAUGAAUGAUGAAGUGACCAGCACUGACCAGCAGGGGGAGCCCCAAUAUGCCAGUGUUACAUUCCACCACCACACUGCUGCCCCUGGGCCACCAACUCAGAAAGUAGAGGAGCCCUCACUGAUCUACAGUACAGUAAUAAAAUAUUAGAUCUGCUGAAGAGAGAGAGAGAGA